CGGCAUUUGUAUCAACAUUCUGAAACCCCGAAGAUAUCGAGAUCCCUAAUGUCACCGCAGAUAGAGGCACUGCGCAUAGGCGACAAUUGACUUUGAUCCCUAUUCAUUUCCAGGUUUUGGCCUAAUAUCAUGUUAAGCCGCCAGUUAUCUUUUCCUCUCUAGGAAAUAUAUUUGAGUUUUGUGACGUCAGUCAUGUGAAGCUCUACGGGAAUAGUUGCUCGCCAUGUUCCAUCUCUCCACUCCCAGUUAGUAUAUUAAAUGGACGUGCCCUUGUGAGACUCUUGCAUUGAUCCGUCACAUUCAACUCAAUACAGACACUCUUCAUCUAUCUAUACAUCAACCAUGGCUGCGCAGAAGGAGAAAGUCGUUAUUGUUGGAAGUGGCUGGGGUGGCUAUCGCCUGGGCUACGGUAUCGACCACACAAAGUACGACAUCACCUUAAUCUCACCAGAGAAUACUUCCGCCGUAACUCCUCUAUUGGCCAGCGCUGCUUGCGGACUGUUUGACCCCCGAUUGGCGCAUGAGCCUCUCCGGCGAAGGGAUUUCCAUGCAAGGUAUAUUAAGGCUUUGGUUGUCGACAUCGAUUUUGACGCACAAACUCUCAUCUGUCAACCAGCAUUCGAUGAGCUAAAAGAUGAGCGUUUUCAUGUCAGCUAUGACAAGGUUAUCCUAGUACCAGGGUGCCGUAGCAACACCUUCGGUAUCCCCGGCGUGACGGAGCAUGCCAUCUUUGUAAAGAAUGUUGCCAAUGCGAAUACUGUUCGAAGCCGGUUGAACGACCUUCUUGAGAUGGCCUCGCUACCAGAAACAUCGGAGGACCGUCAGAGGCAACUGUUGCACGUUGCCAUUGUUGGCGGCGGUCCCACUGGUAUUGAGAUGGCGGCUGAGCUGACGGAUUUGUUUGACGGAGACGCCAAUGUCCUGUUUCCACACUUGAAGGGCAAGGCGUCUGUCUCUGUUUACGACGUAGCCCCGAAUAUUCUGGCACCAUUCGAUCAAAAACUAGCAGAGUAUGCGACUAGUGCCCUGAGAACUGGCAAAGUCAACAUUAAAACGAAUGCGCACAUUGUCAAAGUUACCGCGAACACGAUUGAAACUCGGGAGGAUGGCGCUACCGGCUAUGGUAUGCUCAUUUGGGCCACCGGAAACAAGUCAGUUCCUCUAGUCGACAAAUUGAACCUUCGUAAGACGGAGAAAGGAUUGAUACGCAUUUUGACGGAUGACCAUCUCAAUGCCUUCUCACCAGAUGGCAGUGUCUUGCAGAAUGUAUUUGCAAUGGGAGACGCCGGAGAUAUCGAAGGCGGCACUCUACCAACAACCGCCGAAGUUGCGAUUCAAAAAGCAGAUCAUAUCAUCAAUGUGCUGAAUAGGAAUCAAAAGUCCCCCUUUGAAUACAAGCAGCGCUCUCUAGUCACAUACACAGGAAGAUGGGAUGGUGUUGUCCAGGGGAAACGUGAAUAUACAGGCUAUGGAGCGUGGCUGAGUUGGAGAUCUGGCAAUUUCUUUUGGACGCGGUCAUGGCGGAGGAAAAUCUUGAUGUGCUAUGCAUGGUUUAUGGACUGGUUGGAUGGAAGGGAGAUUAUCCGCAAUUAGCACCAAUAGUGGAAAAGUUUUGGGGGUUAUAUAUCAAUAAAAUAUCUAUGGCUUACCAAC